AAGCUGCAGUCAUUCGGGGGUGUGCUCAGGACUAAAGCCUGGUCCUGUACCUUUAAGAGAAGCUUCAGGUCAGACUGCUGAGAGGAAGUGAAGCAGUCUUAGUUUCGUUUCCUUCGUGAAACCAGUUUGUAUUUGUUGCUGCUCUGUGGCUCUGAAAGAGGAACCAGGAGGGACACGGGGACAGGGCUGGCGUGUCCUGUCUCAGGUGGACACCCUGAUUCACUGGGGCUCGUGAGGACACACGCAAACACACACACGGUGAGUGAGUCCACAGGUGUGGGUGAAAGAAGCGCGAGCUGUUCAGUUCUGCUUUUCGGUCACCAGAUGGAGGCAAUUGAUGGAGAAGAGCACGCCAGAGAUGCUGAUCCUGUAGCGCUUCCCGACGGCGGCAUUAAUGAACUGCAGGAUGUGGGGCAAGAGGAAAACCUGCAGGGCCAGAUGGAGGAGUUUCUGGGUCCGCACUCAGAGUACAAUGAGGAGGAGGAGGAGAGGAAAUACUACAGGAGGAAGAGGCUGGGGGUCAUCAAGAAUGUUCUUGCAGCCAGUGUUGGAGCCAUGAUUGUGUACAGUGUGUAUAUGGGCCUUCUGCAAAUGCAACUGAUCCUUCAUUAUGAUAUGACGUACCGUGAGGUGAAGUAUAGCAACCUUGGCUUAGAGGACAUUGACCGCAAGAUGUUGAUGGGUAUCAACGUCACGCCUAUUAUAGGCCUGCUGUAUACCCCUGUUCUCAUCAGGUUUCUUGGUACCAAGUGGAUGAUGUUCCUGGCUUCAGGAAUCUACGCCCUCUUUGUCUCAACCAAUUACUGGGAGCGUUACUACACCUUGGUUCCGUCAGCCGUGGCCAUUGGCGUGGCCAUAGUGCCACUCUGGGCCUCCUUGGGAAAUUACAUCACCAGGAUGGCACAGCAGUACUACGAGUACGUCAACUACAAGGAAGAGCAUGUGCAGGAGCAAAAGAAGCUUCCUAAAGGAGUGUGCCACCGCUACAUCAUCAUCUUCCAGUCACUCUUCCACAUCAUCUUCCACCUGAGUUUGGUCUUUGCGGAGUUCCCCAUGCGUCUGGUCCUCAACGGCUGCCUGCAGAAGACCAGCCACAUUCUCUUUAAUGUCAAAGCCUGUGGUGCAGGUGUCAGUGGACUGAUCCCUGGCUUCAACACCACCGUGCUGAGUAAACUGCCUAGCUCCAUGCUGCUCAUCCAGGUGGAGAGUGUCCUCAUGGGCUUCGCCUUCCUGGCCAUGAUCAUUUUCCUUGUCCUGUGUGGCGCCGCCUACAGGCCAACAGAAGAGAUUGACCUGCGGAGCAUCGGCUGGGGAAACAUCUUCCAGCUGCCAUUCAAACACCUGAGGGACUACCGCCUGCGGCUGCUCUGCCCCUUCUUUUUCUACAGCGGCUUUGAAGCCCUGUUUGCCAUCAGCGGAUUCUCUCUGACCUAUGGUGUCUGCAUUUUGGGCCUGGACAAGCUGUGGCUCCUGAUCCUCGUCUACGGCCUCUCCUGCUCCGUCUUCUCCUCCCUCUCCCUCUGCACCCUGCGCCUCCCGCGCUGGGUGUGUUUGGUGAGCGGCGCCGCUGUGCACUUUGUGUUGCUGGUGACUCUCAUGGUGUUCUCUCUAAAGCGCGUGUCGGGCGAGUCCUACGAACAGUAUCUGGGCCCUCUGCUGGUGAUCAUUGUGCUGUGGGGUCUCGGCACCGCACUGAACAAGACGGGCCUCAGCAUUCUGCUCAGUAUGCUGUAUGCUGAGGAAAAAGAACGUCUGGACUUUGUGUUCACCAUCUAUCACUGGUGCCAGGCCAUCGCCAUCUUCAUAGUCUACCUCUGGUCCCACCUGCCUAUGAGGGCCAAAAUCUCCAUCCUUUUGGUCACUUUACUGAUCGCCACUUACUGCUACUGGGUGAUGGAGCGUCGGCUGGCCAGGGAGGUGCGCCCCCGACUGCCUCGCAUUCCUCGGCCACGGCACAAGGUCAAAGGCUACCGCUACCUGGAAGAGGACAACUCAGAUGAGUCCGACUCGGGGGGAAGUGAGGAGGAGAACCGGGAGGACGACGAGCAUGUGUUGGAAGAGAUGGGAGCCGAGGGCAGGGAGGAAAGGGGCCAGGAUGGAGGGGCCCGCGGAGCUGACUCACCUAUAGCCAGGAGGAGAGGAGCAGCAUGUCACCACCAGAAUCGGGAUGACGCAAAUGUCAAUGGGGGAGAGAGGGAAGAGCGUGAGGGAUUGUGAGAGAAAAGAAAAUGGAGGUGAGAUGGUGGACAGAUGACGUACAGAAGAAGAGGAGAGAGUCCGAUGCUCUGGAUUCCUGUUGUGUUUCAUGGCUCCAUUCAUAUUUUUACAGAUAUUUACGCUUCAUUCUAGAAUAAACGGACAUGUGUUUUCUAGCAUUUGUUUUAACCAAAAAGCUCAAAUCAGCUCUAGUCAUAACUGUCAUCCUGAUGAAAAGUGGAAGGACCAUAAUGCGUUGUAACAGACUGCACCUCAGAUACUGCUAAAUAUCUAAUAUGCUAAUAUGCUAAAAUACUCACUGAGUCUAUAUUGAUGUUGAGCCAAAGUAAAACUGGAACCAAGAUUUUUUUUUUUAAUUAAAAAUCCAAUUGACAUUUCUAACUAUGAUACAAUUUCAGCCUUUGUCAACAGAAUAUUGAGUGGCUUGAUUCAUCUCUUUAAGAUAAUUGAAGUUUUUAAAGAUCUUGUUAUAUUGUUUGUUAUACCUUUAACAAACUCCAUUUCCCGUAAGGCCCCGACAGAAGAGUCCAUGAGUGAGCAGAGCGGUCGUGACUAAUUCAGACACGUCUGCAUUAACAGGACAGUGAACGCUGCACAUGUUUGUGGACAGCAGACGUUAUGACUAGGAGAACUAUAAAUAACUGAGGGUGUAGUGAUUUCCAGGGACAUGAAUUAAACCACGUGACGACGACCUUGUGCUGCUGUGCUGUCAUGGGAGCUUAUUGAUGUAAAACAAUGAUUACAGUACAAAGGUUGCUGUGGUGGAUGGUGAUUUGUUUUAGAGUAUGGAAAUUAAACGACAGGAACAAGAUUAAUUUUGUCAUAAAGGCAGACAAAAGAAAUGCUGAAUGAGAGGCUAUGUUCCGUUCUAGAGGUUUUGUGUGUCUCUGUUAAUCAGAUUUAUCAUUUCAGGUUGGCAUGUUGGCAUGCUGACAUUUAACAAGUUAGCACUCAACAGAAAGUACAGCUGAGGCUGAUGGGAAGGACAUUAGUUUUGCAGGUAUUUAGAGAACAAAAAUAUCCUCCUGAUGCUUCAAUCGACAAAGACACAUUUCAGUUAAAAUGUGAGGAACUUGGUAUGAACAGCAGAUAAUGUGUUGAAACUACAAACAUAUCAGGAUGUCCGCCUCUACCUACAAUUACUUAAACGCAUUGUAAAAUGUAUGUUUAAAAUUAAGGCUUAAGGUUGAUACAUACAAUGCAGUUCUUAGAAAUCUUCUUUGAUACAAAGUUAAGUUAAAUAUGAUAUUUUAUUCCCAGUUUCUACUUUAUUAUACAGUUGCUACUGUAUUUCCUGGCAGUCGAGUGUUUCACUGACCAUUUUUAUUUUAACAGUACUGCAAGCUGUCGCGCUUUCACACUGAUGCUCUGUCAUUUCAUACAUUUUUGUAGUACCUAUACUUAGACAUUAGAGUUGAGCUUGGUUUUAGCUCAUUCUGAUAAAGGAAUGAAAGCAUGAAUGUUAACUGAGUCCCUGCUGUAGAGGAAAUGAAUAGAAUCCACAUCCUAGAAUACUAAACAUUUCAUUUAGUAAUUUAAAUCACUCGUGAUUUCCUGUAAACUGUAAAAGCCAAAGGUACGUCCCUGUGAAGUUAUUCUCUCAUGUGAUGUUUUGUUACUGUGCUUCUGAGUUCACUGGAACCAACUAAAAAGUGUUGAAAUCCA